UGUUGAUGUUUGUAUUUUGGACUUUGUUGGGUUUUUGUUGUGGGGUUAAAAGGUCUCUUCGAGUGGUUUUUGCUAGUACUCUUUUGGUAAAAAUGAGCUAUCUUGGUGUUGGGUCGAGUCCGGGGAAUGUUCCAGUUUUUCAUGGGAGCAAUUUGAGGAUGGUUGACCGGAGGGUGAGGCUUGCAGAGUUGGUUUUGAGGUGUUUGAUCUGUGGUCUAGGUGUUCUUGCAGCUGUUCUUGUGGGUACUGAUACCCAGGUUAAAGAAAUCUUCACAAUCCAAAAGAAAGCUAAAUUCACCGACAUGAAAGCUCUUGUAUUUUUGGUGAUAGCCAAUGGGUUAGCUGCUGCAUACUCACUGGUCCAAGUGUUGAGGUGUGUUGUGAGUAUGGUUAGAGGAAGUGUGCUCUUCAAUAAGCCCUUGGCUUGGGCUAUUUUCUCUGGUGAUCAGCUGAUGGCAUACUUGACAUUGGCUGCUGUGGCGGUUGCUGCACAGUCUUCAGUGAUUGCUAAAUUUGGGGAGCCAGAGCUACAGUGGAUGAAGGUAUGCGAUUUGUACGGAAAGUUCUGUAACCAAGUGGGGGAGGGAAUAGCCAGUGCAAUGGCAGUUAGCCUUAGCAUGGUGGUCCUAUCUGGUAUUUCAGCUUUUAGUCUCUUCCGCUUGUAUGGAGGCAACAAUGGUAAGAGCAGUACAAGAAGGUAGGCUAGCUAAUCUAUUGCUUUUCACCGUCUUUAGAACCAUAAAGAUAUGUAACUCCAUGGCCUUUUCGUAUAUGUGAAAAGAAAGUUAGUUUCCUGUUCAAAUAAUAAAACAAGGAUGGGGCUUGUGGAGUUUGUCCAUUAAGUUGUGUAUGUUGCAUCUGAACUACUAAUUUGAGGGUUUGAUUAGUAAUUAAAAGAAAACGCAUCAAGAAUGAAUUCCAGCA